CCUUUGAAUUUCUGGCAAGAAGGUCGAGCUAGCGGACGUCUGUCGAGCAUGACGGCUGAAUCAGUGUCGAUUAAAUUCCCUGUGACCCCGAGGAGCUCCAUCGUCAUCGCCACCCCGUCGGCGGUCCCGGUAUCGUCCUCGACCUCGACGCCAGGUGCCUCCGGGGGAUCCUCUGGCUUUUUCUCCAAGACUGGCUCUCCAGCACUCGUCCUUGCCUUCCUGGCAGUAGGAAUCUUCGCAGGAGGACUCCUAUCCAUGUUGUUCCUCCGGCACAUUGGUAUCCUGCGUCGCAUACGGCAACGCCAACUGGCGGUGGCUACAGAGGCUGCGCCUCCGGGCCCUGACGACCCUGUGUUCAUGAGCCGGAGGUCGAGACGACGUAAACCAUUAGGAGAGAAGCCAAAGCUAUGGGAGUAUAUCCAUAACUCGGGGAGGAGGAGCAGAAACGCGUGGGAUGGCUUCGUGCCAAUUGCGGUGUCCUCUAUGCAACCUAUAAAGAUAUCCCUCCCCGGUUCUCAGCCCGCUGCUCGACCAUUUUCGAGGUCGAUGCACCGCCGGCGGCUCGAUGCGGUUGGACGGUGGAUCAGAGGAUUGGGUCCUCGAGCACCGGCGCCUCCGGCAUCUUCACCCUCUAACAACAUAGGUGCAUUACAUCUUACCGUAGCAAUAACUAUGCCUUCACAACAGAGACCGAAGGCCGGCGAGCGUCCCAGCGUCCCAAUCUACGAACUCGGACUCGUAGACAUCCCAUGGACUACAGAUAAAUUUGAAGCAUUGACGUCUUCGUCUCCGUCGGACGCCGUCACCUCUGGCACACCGUAAUACCUCUCUCUGUAUCUUAACCUUUCUCACUUACGUCAUGUGUAAUGCUAUCAUUGCAUGAAAAUUUUGUAGCCUCUAUUUACGCAAUCCAGCGCUG